GAUUCUCCAGGCUACUUCGGAUGACAAGUUACACGUUUUAUCGUGCUUGCUUCUUUAAAAGGUCGUGGCUUGGAAUCUCUCAUCGAUUCUGGAAGACCGUGAUUUCAUCAAAGGAAAAUCGUAGUGCAUGUUUCUGAACCAGAGCAAUUAAUAAAGCAAUUUCCUCUCUAACAUCUCCCAAGAGGUUUCCUCAAACUCUUCAUUCAAAUCAUCUCCGGAAGACUCGAUUGCAAUAUGGCUUCCAAAUCUUCCUUGACAUAUAUCUUCCAUCAUGUUUUUCUCCCUCCAAAGUUGCCCCAUCAGGAAGAUGGCCGAACAGAGCAUGAUGCAGUAUUAACUCAAAUUCUUCGAGCGGAGCUUCAGAACUUCCACGAUUACUCGCUAUCUCACCAAACCCCACAAUUCAAGCGGGUUAUUGAGAUGAUAAAUGGCAUAGUAGUUGAAGAGGAUGACACUACUGCGCCGACUUCGAAGGUGAUCAAAAACCUCGAAACAAUGAAAGCUCAAGGUGAAAAGCUCCCCCCAUUGGAUCUAAUUUACUAACGAAUUAUAGAUAUUUGUGCUAUGCACAUUGAAAAGCAGAAUGCUGGCAUAAUUAUUCGGCGAUUUCCAGCCGAAUACUCCUUUGAGACUUUUGAGUUAUCACCAAAGAAUGAGGACCUAAUGACAACGACUGGGCGACUACGAAGAUACUUUCCAGGUCCAGCAGUGGCCGUUCCUCAAAAUCGUGUUAACGAACGAGCAUUCCAGGAAGCACUCCUUCAUUGUAUCGAAAGUUUAGUGCGAGAGACACCCAUCAUCGUUCACCCGCAAACAACUAAACAAGGCACCACAGAACCUGAAAUCCGAGACACUGUUGACCCGACACUCGUUACAAGUAUGUUGGCUGAAUGUUUGCACGCUGUUGGGCGCCGUGUUGUUGUUCCACGCAUUCAAAAAUGUACCCGUGACGUCGUUCAAUGGAAAGAUUGUCUGGAACCAUGGCGUCGCUCACCUCACUACCUUUUUCUCCGAGUCUGUCUCCAAAUUGGCCUCAUGGAAGGAGAGGGCAAUGAGAAAUCUCAUCUUCAAUAUAAAUCUUUCAUGAUUUUUUUUAUGUGUCAGAUUUUGAAACGCUCACUGCAGGUUCCUAAGCCCAGAGAAAUUGUGUUUAUCAUGUCGAUGAAGAUUCAGCGGCGUUUACUCAAACUUGACUCAGUUAUUGACUCCGAGCUACGAUCCCAAGUCCGUCAAGUGUUAUUAUAUUCGUCAUCCUACUUGAAAAAGAGUAUUCCGGUGCUGUCAACACCAUUGCAUCCCAGAAUUUCUAUCCUUAGACCAGAACAAGACACAGAGCUCAGCAUAAACUUCCUGAGACCUUAUAUUACCAAUUUGUCAAGGCGGUACCAAUCUACACUGAGAUACAAAUCCCUUCCACCUCAAUGCCCUAUCCGGAUGGUUCAAACGAGCAUGGAAAUCUCAAUUGUUGAUACCCCAACUGCUGAUAGUUUGCCUGCCAGUUUAAGCUCAAACCAUAAAGAUAUUCGUUUGUUCCUGGCGGACAUAGAAAUUUGGGUGACGGACCAUCUUCCCAGUUGGCUGAUGCGGUACCAAACAUCUGGACUCAAUUGCACUGCUUUGGCAAAUCUCAUGUCCAUAUACCAGGAGACAUCUGACAAAGUCUAUAAGGAUAUUCCUGAAGAUCAAUCCAUAAAGUUGUUGACGUUGUUAGAUUUGUGGAUCGCAUUAGACAAAUUUGCAUCAUCCCAGGAACCGCUGCUUAAGAACUACCGAUGCGGAUUCAGUUCGGAUUUGUUCGCACCUCUUCUAUUGCCGACAAAGCCGCAAAUGAAGAGAUUAGCAUCCAUAGAAAAAUAUAUUACUGAUAGGAAUGCUGCGUCUCUCGCGAAUAUGCCGUGUAUUUUUUCAAAGAUCAAUACCUCGAAUAGUUUUUCCGUCCGUUACUUUGAUCAGUCAAUCCAGCACCAGCGCCUACGAGAUAAAAUUAUAGCUGACGCCGUUGCUGAACGUAACGAAAAAAGGGCAGAGGUGGAAACCAAACUCCGGGCUUUCGAGGCUUGGAAAGAAGCGGAUCUAUCGUCUGUCUGCAAGAUGAGGGAGAUCACUCGCGGUAAAGGGGCAAACAGUCGUAGAGAACUGGGUCAUAAGGCUAAAAAAUGCCCAAAGUGCAUUGCCAAAGCUUCUGCCCUAAGAGUCACAGUCGCCGUACAUGAGUGGCCCCUCCCGACAUCUGAAUCAGAGAUAAAAUCGAUAGUAUUCGAACUUGACGUGCCGAAGGUCAUUUCAACUUGGCGUGAUAGAACUUACAGUCUUUUGGUCGAUACAUUUUCGCCAACUUCGAAAAAAGAACGGAACGUCGCCUAUUAUUAUUUUGAAAAAAGUUCCUUGAAACGUUAUGUUCAAAAUAGCUACGGAAGGAUUCGACUGGGCUCUCAGACCAAGCCAUUCAUUGUUUCUCAUUAUAAAGAAAAAAAUAUCACCUUAGCUACAACGGAAAAUAUCUUGAAGCCCAGUGGGCUGAAUUUCCUGGUUAUAGAUUAUCGUGAACUUUGGCAAGCCGAAAUCAAAGCCAGUUUUUUAUCACAUCUUAAUGUUCGAAAAUUAUGCACCAUGAAGUUCACUCCAGCGCUCGCAUCGUUACAAGGCUUUUUAGAAAGUACAGAGCAUACUACCAACGAUGUUCUUGCUAAGCAAAUGAAUUGUCCCAAUACAUUGACCUUACACGAAUAUUACCAGAUAGGAUCCCUCAGAUCUGGAUGUCAUCUUCAAUGGAUGAACAUUUUGCGUGAAGUUGAAUCUCGAGUAUUGGACUUCAACCGCGAGGAAAUGUUUCAACUACUUGCGCAGUCUGCUUGGCAGGCGGGUUCUGCGGUUUGUUUGCAGCAAGUUCGAGAUUCACACCAAGACCUUGAUGAUGAAGAUUUCGGAACACAUCUCUUAAUGGCUGUUGAUAAAAUAGUUUCGAGCGUGGAGUCUAAUUGGCAAGGUGGUGGAGCCCUUCGAAUUAUCACAAUGCUUACUACUCGACUGCUUAGCGUCUCUUCUCAUGGGAUUGUCCAAGGAGGCUGUCUCCGACUACUUCAACGUAUUCAGCUUAUUGCCAUUGAGUGGGCCAGGGAUGCUAUCAAUACCCUCCACAACUGCCAAGAAGAAAAUGAGCUUGAAUCAAUCGAAAUUCGUGCCCUUGAGUUAGCAUUGACGUGUAACGGCACUUUUGACGUUGACAUGCAUCACCUGAAAAUUAUGCUGAAGUCCGUCGAAACCCAGGCAAUUUUCGUCGAAAGUUUGAUUACAGUUCACGAUAGGAGCCCUACAUCUGCCGAUAGUCUUAGCAUUGUUACUCAGAUGUGCUUGAGGCGUUUUGAUAGGAUAGCUCAUCGAGCCGAGCGAAUUUUGCGCGAUACUAUUGUCUGUGAGGCGAAAGGGAUCAACACAGCCAUUCAAUUUCUUUGGUCGAGUUAUGAAGCAGGAAGUCGAUGGAUACCGCUUGAAACUCCAAAAGAACGAUGGCUUAAGACAAAAACGGCAGAGGCUAAUGGUCAAGUGUCUGUCUCUGUCGAAUUCAACAUUUUGACUGGGGAGCUACUCAUCAAUGGAUUCCCUCUAGCUCGUCUACCUCGUCAUUACGAGGCUCACGAAACGUAUAAGCGGCUCUUUGGACAGGUUAGUAUUGAUUUCAUGAAUCCCACUUGAUCAGCGAGUCAUUUGUUGGACUAACCUUUCUAUAUAGAAAAUGUUGGAUGUCAUUCCAUCGACUAUGGACGGUAUGACUUUUGAGACUAGGAAAGCCGUGUGCAACCAAGAGGUAUGGUUGCCCAGAUACAUAAUACCACUGAAUACAUCUCAAACAAAUGCUCACUACUUUAGGUUCACUUCAACAUGAUAGAUAAUGAACUAAUUGUUCGAACUCGCAGAAAGGAUGAAUGUUUUGAGGUUAUUCCUAAAUCUGCCUUAACAAAAGAUUUCACGAAUCCUUUCAUAGAGAACUACAUUUUCAUGCGAAAUGACAUCUCUGGAGUGGUGCAAUUGAGACCAAUCAAAGAGCCAUGGAUUUCUCCAGAGAAUGGGUGGCAGAUUACAGUUUCUCCGAAGCAACGUUUCUAUCUAUCCAAUGGAUCGAUGACGGCUGUCGAUAUCCGGAGUCCAUCAGCUGUUGCAAUAUCCGAUAUCUUACAACCAUUGGAGGAUUCAAAACAUUUUACGAUGAUGCACAAUCGAUGCGAUGGGCGAUUGGAGAUACGCCUUCCACGGUUUAACCUUGACUUCUACCAAAUCUUGGGGAGCUCAAGAUUGGCGUCGAAACAAUUUCGUGGAAUGUUCGUGGACGAAAAUCAAAAUAUCGGCACUUUCACUGGCUUGGUCAAUAAACUUGUGCUAUGCAACGAUGACAAAUCAAAGCGAAUCAUCAUCAUCCCCGAUGGAGAAAUUUUCUUUACACCACAUAACGGCCACGUUAGAGUGAACAUCAGCAUAGAAUCUAAUAGUUACUAUGCUUAUCAUGACUACAAAAUUGAUGCUCAACUUGGUCGGUUGAUUGAUAAUGGGAACGUCAGAACUCGUCUAUUCAAAUUGUACCUCCAUGCCUUGACCUCUGACGUUCUUCCCGAUACUCUUACCGGAAGGACUGGUACAGAAGAAGCCCUAGAAGGGUUGUCUUCCGCGGCUGUGUUGUCAUUCUAUACUCUUUCCUCUAGCGAGAUAGAAUUGCUUCUCAAAUUGAGGGAGUUAUCUCCAAAAAUGGUUUACUAUCCAAAACAUAAACAGUCUAUGCAAAAUGCUUCAUGGACAGCAUUGCCGACACUUUCUCAACAUGAAGCAUUUAACAAAAAAGUCGAAAGCAUUUUUACAUAUGCAAAAUCUUUGAUACCGUUUCAGGAUGAGCUGGUUAGGCAACCAGAGAUUCCAGAACCAGAUGUCCGCAGUGACUUUGGCUUGAUUGAUAUGGCCGCAAUCAGAAAUGCUGUCUAUCGUGUGGAUGGUUUUGGAGCAGAGAGGUUUACUGCCAACCAGGAUAAAGAAUACAACUCUCGUGAUGGAAACCGUGAAGCAAAACGUCGAGCUGAUAUCCAUAAUAUUGCAGCACUGGUUGAUUCUUGGCCGCUAAAUCUUAAUGUUUCUAAGGAUUUACAACGAAUCAUGAAAUCGCUACCCAGUCGCAUCCUCGGGCCUGGUACAGAUACGGCGGAUAUUCUUGGCUACAACGAGAAAUGGUUAGAUGCACCCUCAAAAUUUCUGCCUGAUCAUUGGUUCGCGAUUUAUCAAAAGCUGUCAGCCUGCACCGAAAAGCAGGACAAAUACAAGGUCAUGAUUUUCUUGUCAACAAUGGUUUUCUCACAGAAAGCAGAUCAAGAGCUUGUUCACACACUUCUUGCAUUUGCCACCAACCCCGCUUUUCGCCGAAUUCAAAUUCCUAAAUAUCAGUACUUCUUCCUUUCACAGGGUUUCGAGCCAAAUGAGGACAGUCUGGCCGAUGUCUUUGCUUCCAAGAUUAGGAGUUACACUGACACUCCGGCAAGCGAACUUCUUAGAUGCGAGUCUGAGACUGAAUAUAAAGCCAAUAUUCGCCGGAGACAGAUGUACGAUGAGUGUCAAAAACGCGCCAUUCGAACGGGAGUUACCUCUCUUAUUACACAAUGGCCAAACGAGAAGCUUAUUACUUCGACAGAUUCUAACCUCUGUGCAUAUAUAGAUGUUCUCAAGGCGACUGCAGUUGCUCAGAAUCUUUUUUCGGCUUGGUUUCGAAAUUAUGAGUUCAGAAAGUUAAUUCAGCAAGUACAAAUAGUACUUGAUACGGUAUCUCCAAUUGAGCACGCAAGUAAACCAUGGAAUGACUAUGCAAAGCUCAAAAGCAGCUAUAGCCCAAAAUUGACAUAUGUUGCACUCAAGGACCUUUUAAAAAACCAGGCGCCAUUAUUCUUUGACAGCACACAACUCUCCCAUUUUAAAUCACUUCUUAUCCCGACAUCCAAAUCUUCUGUGAAUGAGAAUGAUCAUAGAAAGGUAUCGGAACUCUUAUUCGAGCUUUCUCAUUCCACUUCUGGUAAUUUCGAGGCUGAAUACUGCAAUCAUUUACGACAAAGUCUAGGUGCUUUAAGCCAAAUGCCAUGUCUUCAAUUAGCUCCUUCAUCAACCUACACUCUAGAAACUUCUUUACAUCAUUGUCGGCUACAGGUACAAAGAAUGUACCAUAGAAUUUUAGAGCAACUACUGUCUUCAGUCAGUGCUUUUGGGGCAAGAGAGAGUACGACAAUGCUUCCUCGCCUAUCUAAAAUUAUCAUUCUUUCUCUGAUCGCAGAUUCUCACUCAAUCGAGCUUUCAUUGCAAUGGAAGCGUGCAAUCGUGUGUUUUGGUCUCGCUAUGACCGCCUUACAACGUGCGGAGCGUAUGUUAGCUUGUUCUAAUAAUCAAGCAGAAAUCAACACAGAGCUCUGCAAUCCAGGACACGAAGGGUGGGAUCCAAUAGUACACCCAGAUUGGCUGCUCCUUGAAUUGGAAAAUGAUAUUUUGAUACGCCAGGAACAGGCCAGUAUCAGCAAAGAAAUGAUUGAACCGUCAUCAGGUGCAAAUUCAGUAAUGCAAUUGAACAUGGGACUUGGUAAAUCUUCUGUCAUUGUUCCAAUCGUGGCAUGUGCACUGGCAGACAAGAAAAAACUGUGUCGUGUCGUAGUUCUUCGCGCAUUAUCCAAACAGAUGAUGGAACUGCUAGUAAGAAAGCUUGGCGGUAUGGUUAAUAGGCGCAUAUUCUUCCUCCCUAUCUCACGCGCACUUCAAAUAAAUGUUGAGGAGGCAAAGCAGCUGCGAGAAAUAUACAAAAGUUGCAUGGACUGUGGUGGCGUACUUCUUGUGCAACCGGAGCAUCUACUCUCAUUCGAAUUGAUGGGCCUCGACAUGGCGCUUUCCGGAGAUAAAGAUGCUGAAGCUGGUAAGAUUAUCAAUGAUACCCAAGCAUGGCUGCUUCAAAAUUCACGGGAUAUCCUAGAUGAGAGUGAUGAGAUAUUGAACGUGCGGUUUGAAUUGAUUUAUACUGUUGGUCGGCAAAUGCCUAUCGACUUUGCUCCCGACCGUUGGGUCUUGAUUCAACGAGUAUUGGAGAUAUUAGGUUCCAAAGUUCAAGACCUUGAUCAACAAUACCAAUGUGAUCUAGAGUUAGAGAAGUCACCCGGCAAUGGUUCCUUUGCGCGGUUCCGAGUUUUGCGGCCCACAGUUAGCGAUAUCCUUCUCAAGAGGACAGCAAAAUGUAUUUGUGAUCAAGGGCUUCCUGGCUUGUCUUUUUUCCGCUUCACUAAGAGGGAUAGAGAUCUUCUUUAUAGGUUUAUCACAGAUCCGAAAAUAAAUGAAAAAGAAUUAUCGGGCCUGCAUAAUUCGGUAUUUGCUACUGAAUCGAUCAAGAAGGGUCUGUUACUUCUCAGGGGUCUCUUCGCACAUGGGAUUCUACACUUUGCUUUUUCACAAAAGAGAUGGCGGGUGAAUUUUGGGUUGGACUUGAAGCGAUCGUCUCUGGCAGUUCCAUACGACGGGAAAGAUGUUCCUGCAGCACGCUCCGAGUUCAGCCACCCGGAAACGUCCAUAAUUAUGACUUGCCUUGCUUAUUAUAAUGAAGGCCUAUCGGAAAGUCAAGCAAUGGAAUGCUUCCGAGAGCUUUUGAAAUCAGACAACAGCCAAGGAGAAUACGAGAGGUGGAUGAGAAAUUGCCCCGAUGUGAAAGAGAGAUUCAAGCAUUUAAACGGCGUCAACCUCAGCGACUUCCAUCAAUGGUGUGAAAAUGUGUAUUUGCAUUUGCGUCGUUCCAAAGAAAUGAUCGAUUUUUAUCUUAAUCAUCUCGUUUUUCCAAAGCAGAUGAAGGAAUUUCCCAAGAAGCUUUCUUCAUCUGGUUGGGAUAUUGCCCGGACUAAGAACCAUCCAGUUACUGGUUUCAGCGGAACCAAUGACAGCAAGUAUAUUCUGCCACUAUCUAUACAGCAGCGAGAUCUGGUGGAACAACUUUCUACAAAUGCAGAGGUACUAGCAUGCUUGUUGCGUCCUGAAAAUAAAUUUGAUUCCACCAUCACGGGCGAAGAAUUCAGCGCGGAAGUCCUUAUAAACCUGGCAAUUACGUCGAAGCCUGCAGUCAGAGUCAUCCUAGAUGUGGGUGCACAGGUGUUGGAACUACGAAAUGAGGAAGUUGCAAGUCGAUGGUUGUCACAACUUCCAGCAGUUGAAGUACAAGCAGCCGUAUUUUUCGAUUCUUCAGACGAACUCUGUGUCCUGAAUCGUGAUGGUGCAAUGGAGCCACUCUCCGUCUCACCGUUUGCCAAGCAGAUGGACAGAUGUGUGAUCUAUCUUGACGAAGCUCACACGAGAGGAACAGAUCUAAAACUACCAGCUGAUUAUCGUGCCAUCGUUACACUUGGGCCGGAUUUAAAUAAGGAUAGACUUUCACAAGGUAAGUUCUUCUUUAAAGCUAUAGCUGAGAAUCUCACUGACGACUUUAUAGCAUGUAUGAGAAUGAGAAAGUUGGGAAAAGGCCAAUCUGUAGUAUUCUGUGCGCCGAAAGAUAUACAACGGAAAAUUUUAGAAUGUGGACAAAGGACUGUAUCUCAUGAAAUCGAAGUCAAGGAUGUACUUUUGUGGUGUAUCAAAAACACAUUAGAUCACGUUCGAAAAUGUGUUGUCCCUUGGGCCAUUCAAGGAAAGCGUCAUUAUGAACGACUUACAAUAUUAGGGGAAAACCCCGGCAUUAUUCCCGAGUCUAUACAAGAAGCCGAAUCACAAAGUUUAGAAGAGAGAUAUGGACUUGGUAAAGAGGAAGCGGACGAGCAUUGGCUGGGCAGAAGAACAUCCAACACAGGAAAGCGAUAUAUUAAGAAGCUUGAAAAUAUUCGGCAGAAAUGUAUCGACUUCAAUGCGAAUUCUUUUGCCGGUGCUAGCUUUCACGAGGAACAAGAGCGUGAAUUGCAGCCAGAGAGGGAAAAUGAGGUACAGCCAGAGCAUGCUCCUCGUGUUCACGCUAUUGCACAUAGUUUACACCCUGAUGUCAAAGAGUUGGUUAUGACAGGUAUCAUGAAGCUUAAUAAUACCGCUGCCGGUGGCUUCAUUCCUGCUUUUGAUCUGUUCAGAGUUACUUCUGCAAAGAAACUUUUCGAUAAUUGCAAGUGGCCCGAAAGUCUCUGGAUCACAUUAGACUACGCAAAAACUGUUGAAAUGGCCAAAUCCGAUGAAAAGGACUUUUUCUUACGUCCUGUUCACUGGAUUGUGACAUUCAAGCAGAAGUACGAAACUUGUUGCGUGAUUUUUAGUCCUUUCGAAGUUCAAGAACUACGUCCCUUCAUUGAAGAAUAUAAAAAGGUCACCCUCAGCAUUUACUCUCCACGUCUGAAUCUCUCUUUACGAUCAUUCGAAAACCUAGAUGUCCACACUGUCCCACCAUUAUCAUCAUCGUGGACCAUUCCGCCAUCUAUCAUGCAGCUCAAUCUUUUCGCUGGACAGCUAUAUCUUCGAAGCUACGACGAAUAUAUUCGUCUCUGUCAAUUCCUUGGACUUUGUCAUUAUCUAAUUUUAGAUGAUGUUGAGAUUGCCUGUGAUAAUUUCGUUCCAGUUUCUAGUCGUGCGACUUUUGAUCCCGUUAUGGAGAAGGUGUGUCCUUUUGUGGAAAGUCCGGUGGGCUUUUUACAAAAGGUUUUUGCGUUGAGACGGAAGGGGCAGAGUUUUGAGGAUACGCAUAUGGGUAGGAUUUUGAAUGGAGAAUUGUUGAUGAGGAAGGAUUUUGAUGGUGAGGACUAAUUGAGUGGAAAGGAUUGGAAAGGAUUGGUAGGGUAAGGGUGGUGAGAAAAUUGAGGGAGGUGAUGGGAAUGGUGGUAGUGAUGGAUGGAAGCGAGGGAGUUU